CUUUUGCCCCCUGCUCCUGCUGCCCCCUGCAUUCUACAAGAAGAAUAAAAAAAAUAACCACGCGAAAUAUCUAACACAAUUUCAUCAGAUUUUAAACUUUAACUUACUUUAAGUAGUUCCUCGUUGUAAGUUUUGACAAAAAAUAUAACUUCAAAUUAACUUUAUAAACAGUAUGUCUGGGGAAAAUAAACAACCUUUGUACACGUCUGAUAGCCGGGGCAAUGACGAUACCGGCGAUGGAAGUGAGCAAAAACCAUUUAAAACAAUUUUACGAGCCAUGCGAGAGGCAGGUUCGGAGCCUUUUCCGGUAAUAUACGUUGACAGCAAUGAAGAAAGUACUAAAUACGAACCGGCUGCUAAGUCACAGUUGAAAAAAAUUCAGAAAAUAUGGGUAAGAGAAAACUACAAACAAGCAGACAAAGGUAAAAAAGAGGAGGAAGAUGCUGAAAAGAGAGUAAAAAAUUUAGAUGAAGCUAAAAAGAUUGUUAUCAGUGAGGACAAAACUUUACCAGCAGCAAAAAAAAUUAGGAUUUUUGAAGGUGAAAAACAUAGAGAAGGCAGAGUCAAAGUAUAUGGUUGGGUUCAUAGAAUCAGGAGACAGGGCAAAAAUUUAAUGUUUGUUACUCUCAGAGAUGGCACUGGAUUCAUACAAUCUGUGCUCAAUGAUAAACUUUGCCAAACAUACAAUGCUCUUGUUUUACAAACUGAAUCAUCAAUACUGCUGUACGGGACAAUUCAAAAAGUACCAGAAGGAAAAAAUGCUCCAGGAGGACAUGAACUUGUAGUAGAUUAUUGGGAACUGAUAGGUUUGGCUCCACCAGGUGGUGCUGACUCCAUAUUGAACGAACAGGCUUUACCUGAUGUCCAAGCUGAUAAUAGGCACAUAAUGAUUAGGGGAGAGAACACUUCUAAAGUCUUGAGGAUACGAUCUGUAUUAUUACAGGCUUUUAGAGACCAUUAUUUGGACAGAGGUUAUUGCGAAAUCACUCCUCCAUCUAUAGUCCAAACUCAGGUAGAAGGAGGAUCGACGUUGUUCAAAAUGGAUUAUUUCGGUGAAGAAGCAUUUUUAACACAAAGCUCUCAAUUGUAUCUCGAAACUUGCCUGCCAUCUAUGGGCGACGUUUAUUGCAUAGCUGAAAGUUUUAGAGCUGAACAAAGCAGAACGAGAAGACAUCUAGCUGAAUAUACUCACGUUGAAGCUGAAUGUCCAUUUAUAACUUUUGAUGACUUGUUGGAUCGUUUAGAAGAUUUGAUUUGUGACGUUGUUGAAAGAGUUUUAAAAUCGCCGUUUGGGCAUAUUGUAUAUGAACUUAACCCAGGUUUUAAAGUUCCAGAAAGACCAUUUAUGAGGAUGAACUACUCGGAUGCUAUCGAGUAUUUAAAGAAGAAUAACAUUUCGAAAGAGGAUGGUACUUUUUAUGAAUUUGGAGAGGACAUUCCAGAAAUGCCAGAACGAAAAAUGACUGACCAAAUCAACAAACCCAUCAUGCUGUGCAGGUUCCCAGCUAAUAUUAAAUCGUUUUACAUGUCCAAGUGUCCAGAAGAUAAACGACUCACUGAAAGUGUUGAUGUUCUUUUGCCCAAUGUAGGAGAAAUUGUUGGAGGAUCGAUGAGGAUUUGGGAUUUGGAGGAAUUGUUGAAAGGCUACAAGCAAGAAGAAAUAGACCCAGCUCCAUAUUUCUGGUACACGGACCAAAGAAAGUACGGUACUUGUCCUCAUGGCGGUUAUGGCUUGGGUUUGGAAAGAUUUGUCUGUUGGUUAUUGAAUAGAUAUCAUAUUAGAGAAGUUUGCUUAUAUCCUCGUUAUUUGAACCAUUGUAAACCUUAAAUGUACACAGCCAAAAAUGGCUGUCAUGGCAGUAAUAAUAUUCAUAAAGGCAUUUAAAUAUCUAAUAAUUUUUUUAAUUAUCAUGUAAUAAUUUAGUGCUUCAAAAUAAAACAUUGGAAAAAGUAAUUUAUG